AUGGCAACGUCAAGCCAAAUCAAGCGUUCUCCGUCUCAUUUGGAAGCAGAGGACAUCAAGCGAUCGAAGCAUCACUACCACCAUCACCACCGUCUGGUCGAGCCAGUUGUCUUGCCGCAGGUGUCCGAGCCCGCUCUUCAGGAUGACGAUAAUGUUGAACACAUGAUGAAUCGGGCGCUGGGCCAUGCGCUUCGAGAUGCAGGCUUUGAGAUGGCCGACCCAGCGGCGCUCAGUAGCUUUCGCAGCGCCACAGAAGAAUAUCUCCUCCACAUAUCCAAAUUUGUCCGCCAGUCAAUGCUUUCUUCGCGGCGACUGCAGCCCAUCCCACAAGAUUUUGAUUACGCGUUGAAUCACCAUCGCAUUACGCCAGAUGACCUCCGUCCCUAUCUCAAGACUCCGCCCACAGUGUCCCCUAUACGGGCACUACCCCCGUCGCCUCCCCCAGAAGACGAGGUCAAACGCAAGUUGCCAUUCUUAAAUGCCUUACGAGGCGAAGAAAGCGAGACCAAUCGCUCCUACGUACCCAAGCAUUUCCCCGACUUUCCCAGCAAGCACACUUACUCCUCGACACCCGUCUUUACCGAGCGUGACAAUGAUCCGCGCCAGAUUCGGGAGCGUGCGGCGGAGGAUGGGCGGCACGGUGAGGAGGCUCUACGCAAGUUGGCCAGUGCGGCGUACCGCAAUAGUCCUACGGGGGUGAGUGGACGAGACAAGAAGCUCUGGGGUAGACGGGCAGAGAGCAUGGAAACAAUGUUCGAGAAGACGAUAAAGGGCAUAACAAAGAGGCUACAAAAGGAUCCAUUGGCCCCUCCCGGUGUAACGGUCGGCGGUCCCGGGGGAUCUGCGAUGGACAUUGAUUCGGGUCACACCGGAGACGCAGAUGCCAAAGCCCGUCAUAAGCUGUUUGGCGACCUUGACUUGGGCCCCAUUGUCAAUUGCGAGCGCGACUACUGGCGGCGAACGACCGCGGCCAGUAGUCGAAAUUUGGAAGACAGGGGAGUCAAAUCUAAGCCGGGUCUGGAAGGUGUCGAUGGUCUCAUCGGAUCCUGA